UCCAUCUCUGUCAUUUUCUUUCUUUAGAUCCUGCCACUUCACAAGACACACAGAAAAGAAGUGAACAAAUAUUGUUACAAGUUUUUAUCUUUUUACAGAAAAAAAGUUUUCAGAAAGAUCACAAAAAAAGAAAAAAUAUUCAUUUAAAGCAAAUUGACUCUUGUCUUUACUACACCUUUCUUCUGCUACAUUCAAAAAAAAAAAAAAAAAAAAAAAAUAAUUUCAUCACCGCUUCAUAGAUUUCCCAUUUUUCCCAUUUCUUGAUUUUUUUCCAAAGUUUAUUUUUUUUUUCCAUAUUGGGUCUUAAAAAGUUCAAUUUUUUUCAUUUUGGGUCUUGAUUUUUUUAGUUAAUCUGGUGUAAUAAUUUCCCAUUUUCCACAUUUCUUUGUUUUGUUCCAAAGUUUAGAUUUUUUUCCAUAUUGGGUCUUGAAAAUUUCAAAUUUUUAUUAAUAUUUUUGUCAAUCUAGGGUGAUAAUUUCCCAUUUUCCACAUUUCUUGUUUUUACCCCAAAGUUCAGAUUUUUUUUUUCCAUAUUGAGUCUUGAAAAUUUCAAUUUUUUCUUAAUAAUCAAUCUAGGAUGGUAAUUUCCCAUUUUCCACAUUUCUUGAUUUUGCUCCAAAGUUCAGAUUUUGUUCUAUAUUGAGGCUUGAAAAGUUCAAAUUUUUCUUAAUCUUUUAGUCAAUCUGGGGUAAUAAUUUCCUAUUUUCCAAGGUGGUUUAAGUUUUGAUGCAAUUGGUUAUUAUUAUCUUAACAUGCAUGUAAUUAUGAGGAACUUGUGGCUAUGAGGAAGAGAAAUGGAGGUUAGAUCAGAGAGUGAGGUACAAGUUAGAAGCGAGAAAGUACUACCAUCAUUACAAGGGCAAGUGAUACAAAGGACUAGAUUAAAAGUUUGGUUUAUAAGAGUUUGUUCCAGUAUUUUGAUAUGGACAUGUUUGGUUCAACUUAUUGCUGUUUGGGAGUUAUAUCAACCACGUUUGUUUUCGGGUUUUAGUGAAUAUACUAAGUUGUCUGUUCAUGUUGAAGAGACUUUGCCUUCUCCUUUGCCUAUUCUUCCAGCUAGAAAUUAUACAAAUAAUGGGUUUCUUCAAGUGUCCUGCAAUGGUGGCUUGAAUCAGAUGCGUGCAGCCAUCUGUGACAUGGUGACUGUUGCACGGCUAUUAAAUCUAACUUUGGUUGUCCCAGAGCUUGAUAAAACAUCUUUUUGGGCAGAUCCUAGCAACUUUGAUGAUAUUUUUGAUGUGAGACACUUCGUUGCUUCACUAAGAGAUGAAGUUCGGAUAAUAAAGAGACUGCCAAAGAGGUUCAGCAGGAGAUAUGGAUACCAACCACUAGAAAUGCCUCCUGUUAGCUGGUCAAAUGAAAAGUACUACUUGCAACAGGUUCUGCCUCUCUUCAGCAAUCAUCAAGUAAUACAUUUCAACAGGACAGAUACUAGACUAGCAAACAAUGGGAUUCCUCUUGAGCUUCAGAAACUCAGAUGUCGGGUGAAUUUUCAGGCACUGAAAUUCACUCCAGAUAUUGAGGCUUUAGGAGAAAAAUUGGUAAAAAUGCUUCAGGAGAGAGGGCCAUUUGUAGCAUUGCAUCUAAGAUAUGAGAUGGAUAUGUUGGCAUUCUCUGGUUGCACCCAUGGCUGCACUGCAGAGGAAGCUGAGGAGCUCAAACGGUUAAGGUAUGCAUUCCCUUGGUGGAGGGAGAAAGAGAUUGUAUCUGAGGAGAGGAGAUCUCAAGGAUUGUGUCCCCUCACUCCAGAAGAGGCAGCUUUGAUUCUGCAAGCAUUGGGUUUUGAAAAAGACAUACAAAUAUAUAUUGCAUCUGGUGACAUUUAUGGAGGUGAAAAGAGGCUUGCUGCUUUGAGAGCUGCCUUCCCAAAGAUUGUGAAAAAGGACAUGCUGCUAGAACCUGGGGAAUUGCGGCAUUUCCAGAAUCAUUCAUCUCAGAUGGCAGCCCUGGAUUUCAUAGUGUCGACUGCUAGUAGUGUAUUUGUUCCUACUUAUGACGGGAACAUGGCUAAAGUUGUUGAAGGUCAUCGUAGGUAUCUUGGGUUUAAGAAAACCAUUCGAUUGGAUCGAAGAAGACUGGUAGAGCUAUUAGAUUUGCAUCAGAACGGGACACUUCCAUGGGAUGAGUUUACAGCUGCAGUCCGGCAGUCACAUGAGGGAAGAAUGGGACAGCCGGUUCGUCGCAGAGUUAUUGCUGACAAACCAAAAGAAGAAGAUUAUUUUUAUGCAAAUCCACAGGAGUGUCUGUGUGAGAGUAAAACAUGUGAUGACUUGUUUGGCCCUGAUAAUUCAACAGCAGUCAAAUAAGAUAUGCAAUUCAGAGCAUGUGUUGCGUGGAUGUUUACUCCAUACUAAGCAAAGGGAAAGGUGUAAAGUUGUUGGCAUGCACACUCGAGAUUGGUUAGCAAAAGGCCAAAAAUGUGGCCUUCGGUCAUCGGGGCAUUUUGGAGAGGUGUUUUUCAUAGAUGGGUAGUUUAUAGCUGAAAGAAGCAAGAGAAAAAAAUAAAAAAAAAAUGAAGAAACAAAGUCUGUCAUACUUGUUAAAAAGAAAAGCAGUGUCAUGUUAAUGUGUUCAUUUAUUUUGUUCAUACGUAUUUGCUCUCUUCAACAAGGCGGACUGGGCAGAAUGUACUUGAUACCACAAUUAUUUACAGGAAGAUAACUCUUUUCGCAGUCAAAUGCUCUAAUUUGUGGAGCGGAGAGAUGUAACAGUUCGGAUAUUUAUCUAAACGUCAUGCCCAAAAAAGGGUACUUGAAGCAAAUCCAAAUUGUGUGCUGAAAAAUCA